UGCUCUAAAUAGUAAGGUAGUCUGUAUUCACAUAUUUUUUAUUAUAGUCACUUCCAAUUUCACUUCUGUUUCCAUAUAUUAAUACAAAAAUAUAAAUAAUAAUGGUACAGCAAAGCGGUCCACCAGAUGAUAAUUUAUUUAGAGCUUUCAUAAAUGCUGUUUACAACACUGUCGAUAGUCCGGUGACUUGGUUCAGAGAAAGAGUUGUAGAACCAAACCAGAAGAAGUAUCCUUGGUAUCACCAGCAAUUCCGUCGUGUACCUACAAUCGAUCAAUGCUAUGAAGACGAUGCUGUUUGCGAUUUUGAAGCCAAUGUACAAUUCAAACGUGAUAGAGCCGUUGACACUGAAAUUCUUACUAUACUGCGUCAACGAUAUGAAGACUGCAUGAUGUAUGAGGCACCUGAUUAUUUGACCUGCAAACCUCUUUGGGACAGAUACAAGGAUAGUGAAGAAGCUUGGUUUAUUAAGUAUGGUGACCUUGGAGCUUAUGCUGAUGCUAGAAAAGCAUAUAUGAAACAAAAGCAUCGCAUGAUUUGGGAACGACGCCACGGCAAUCUAUCUGACCUAACCAAGUAAUAAAUUAGUUUCCAACAGGUUAUAUACUUUCAUAAUAUAAUUAGAUGUAUUUGUUGAUGCAAUAAAUAAAUAAAUUAUUC